UUACGAUGUCUAAUCCCUGUCUUCGUUGGCUCGGCUUUUGUGAAACCAACUUGUGAAUGUAGGCAAGCGUGAGGAACUUCCCGUCUUGAGUUCACCGGGCUUAAGAAGAAGAAAAUUGGGGUAAGCAAGCUGACAGAUUCUAGGGAGAGAAAGAGAAGGACUCAGAGAUGAUGGCUUCGAAUAUGUCGGAUGGAAAAAGCAGAGACAUCCCCAUCUGAUAAAGCAAAAGGAAGUCGCGCCUGCCGUGGGAUUCCCCCUUCACUCUUUUGAUUUCUGCUUUUCCCCGUUUAAAUUAGAUGGUUAUGAAUCGCAUUGUACAUCAUUGCCGUCUGCAAUACCUUCGAUCUCUGGUUUCCUCCAUGCUUGGCAUUGGAGCUCGAUUCCAUCAUUAGAAACCAAACACAGAAGAGGGAAAUGUGUUGAAAUAGGGUAAUAAGUUCAACAAUAGCAGCAAGGACCUUCAAGAUGGUAGCUGAGGUUGUUCAUCUUUCUGUUUGCUUUAAGUUGCCACCAUGAGCAGCGCGUCUUCCUGGGAGUGCUUGUCUUGAAUGCAAAAUAAAUCUAUGGAAUGGCAGAUUUUCGUGUUAGAAGCCUUGAACCCGGCCAAACUAAGAUCAGAAAUGUCCCCAUUGCUGUGACUCCAGAAGGAUUCUGGUGUUGCCCUGCGCCUGUUUUGUUUCAGAGAACUAUUAGACAUCAAAGCAACCAGAACAAGCAGAAGAGUUCACCGCCAAGAAAGAUUAAUGGUCAGAAAUCCACAAAUCCACCAGGAGAGAAGAGACAACUUGCUCACCAGUUAAAAUCUCUGGUAUCUUCUGAAGACCAGAAAUGUCUAUCAUCAGACAGCUCUUGUAUAAAUUCUGCAAUGACCCCUGAGGAAGUAGCAAAGGCAAAUUCUGUGAAUCCGCCAAGAAAAAUAUCUGUUGGGUUUGGUAAGCCUGAUACAUGUGAUUUAAAGGUUAUUUUGUAUGGUAAAGAAAAUAUUGCUGUGAGGAUGAAUGUUCACAGGAACAUUCUCUCGGAACAUAGUAGUUUCUUUGCAGAGAAGCUUGCUAAGCAGUCUCCUGUGAUCUGCAUUGAAAUUGGAGACUGUGAAGAUGUGGAGAUAUAUGUUGAGGCCAUUGGACUAAUGUAUUGCAAAGAAAUUAAGCAGAGAUUAAUCAAGCUAAGUGUUGCUCAUGUGCUCCGUAUGCUAAAGGUUGCUGAAGCACUUGGCUUUCAAUUGUGCGUUAAGUCUUGCUUGGAUUACUUGGAAGCAGUUCCCUGGGUUGGAGAUGAGGAAGAAAACGUUGUAUCUUCUAUUCGUUGUCUUGGAAUUGAUAAAUACGGAGUUAGUCCAAUCCUGAAACGAGUCUCUUCAGAUAUUUCCUACCCUCCCAAUGAUACACUUGCUCGUAUAUUGGAACUCGUACUCAAAAGCAAUGAAGACAAAGGUCGACGCGAGAUGAAGGUUUUAGUGCUGAAACUGCUCAAGGAAAACAACCAGUGGAUGAGUGGAUCUGCUGACAUAUGUUCAGAGACCUUGUACAAUUCCUGCCAAACCUGUUUACAGUCACUUUUGCUUCUAUUUAGAGAAGCAUCUGAACCUGAUUUUGUAGAGAAGGAUUUAUUAAAAAAAGAAACUAUCACAAGACAGAUAGUUCUUGAGGCAGAUAAUCUUCUAUGGUUGGUUGAGAUUUUAUCUGAUAGGCGUAUAGCAGAUGAUUUUGUAGUUAUUUGGGCAAACCAGGAAGAGCUGGCUUCAUUACAUUCUAAACUAUCAAUUGUGUCACGGCAUCUCAUUAGCUGUAUCACUGCUAGGAUUUUUGUUGGCAUUGGAAAAGGGGAGAUGCUUCCGUCGAAGGAUGUUCGUCAAAUGCUUUUGCAAGUUUGGUUGCAGCAGCUUAUUGACGACUAUGGCUGGUUGCAGCAUGGAUGUCGGUCUUUUGACCGUAAAGUUGUGGAAGAAGGAAUUGGACGAACCAUUUUGACUCUUCCGUUGGAAGAUCAGCAAACUAUGAUGCUUUCUUGGUUGGGCAGUUUCCUGAAAGUUGGUGAUAACUGUCCAAAUCUUCAAAGAGCUUUUGAGGUAUGGUGGAGGAGAACAUUUAUAAGGCCUUAUCUGGAGCAGCGAGGGAAUACUUUGCAAUCUGAUAGGAAGUUUGAUUAAGCUCAGGUAUUAUUUUACUAGUUAUUGAAAAAAAAUCUGUUGUGAAGGAUUGGAGUCUAUUGUGUGUUGCUACAAGAUUUUUGGUGUUGAAAGUAACUUCAUGGAAAAUGUAAUCUGUUGCUUUACAUGGAAUUUUAUAUGCAAUAUGUUUCUGCCAUUUUUGGAACUUAAAAAGAGAGUGUACUUUGUUUUCAUUUAUCUUAAGCUAAAGUUGAUUCUUUUCU